CCAUAUAAGCUUUCUGGUAAUUGCAACAUCUUUUUUUUUAAAGCAUAUUUAUACAAUUUUCUUGACAGGAGCUGGAUGAAAGGUUGUAUCAGAAGAUAGCAGCUGAGAUGAACCUCUCAGAAACGGCUUUCAUUACACGGACCAACCCCUCUGACACUUUUGCUACUGGAUCAAAGUUCCAUCUCAGAUGGUUCACUCCAACAACAGAAGUGAAUCUUUGUGGUCAUGCAACUCUGGCCUCCGCAGCAGCGCUGUUCCUGUUUGAGAGGGUCAUCACAGUGAACCUCAACCCUCACUCACAUGAUCCACCCUCAUGUCCUCCUUCAUUACAUCUACUCCUACAAGGCCUCUUUCCUGGCAGAUUCAACCUUGGCAUCCUUUUAAAAAUAUAAAUUAAUUACUGUCCCUUCUUUGUUCUAAUGUUCUAAGAUCUCAUGUUCUAAUCAUCUCAAUCUGGUUUCCAUGUAUUCAUCUGCAAAAGAUCUAACAUGAAUUCGUAACCUCAGCGUUCCACUCGAGUUCCUCAUUUACAU